AGUCCUGGCUAAAGCAGUCUCAGGAUAGGACAGCAGCACGGACAGAGGGACACUGACAAGGAGGUCCCCGCCUGUCAAAAUGCCCAUCCUGAAGAGUCUAGGGCUGGCAGACUCUAAGAUGUCCCGGGCGGGGACACUGCCCCUGAGGUCCUCUCGGAACCCCUUUGAGGAAGCUUCAGGGCUGGAAGAAGAGGAGGCUGGGGAACUGGAGGCCCUGCCCAACGGAACAUCAUGUCGCCGCCGUGCCACCCUGGAGAAGCUGGCAGGCCUGGCCCCCUUCCGGCUGGGCAGAACCCCUGGCCGGCGGGCGGGCAGCCCUGGGGACGGGCAGCCUCGCUCUUUCCUGGGCCGUGUGCUGACACCGGGGAUCCGUAGGAGCUCAGCAGACUUUGGCCUCCUGGCCAGGCUUCAGGGGACCCGAGCCCAGGGCGACGAGGAGGCGGCUGGGGAGGCUGCCCGGAGACUGGCCUUCCUGAGACUGGGGCGUGGGCCCAAGCCCCGGCGGGCGUCACUGGCUGAGAGGGUGGUGCCCGCAGGCGAGGCGGCUCCCGAGCCCCCGCCCAAGGUCCCGGAGCCCCCAAAGAUAAAGGAGCCGCUGUCAGUGCUGGAGAUCCUGAGCUUGAUUCAGCAGCGCGAGCUCGCACGGGCCGACGAGCACAUCUUGGAGCUGGAGGCCGAAGAGCUGGCGUCGUCGGGGGGCGGCGCGCCCGGGCCGCCCAAGGCUGAGGGCGCGGGCCGCCGGGCCCGGGACGUGGCUCUGCUGUACGAGGCCCUGCAGCGCGAGCUGUGGGCGCUGGUGCGCGAGACGCUGGCGGGCCCCGGGCCGGGCGCAGGCGCCGGGCCGGGCGCCGUGGCGCAGCUGGGUCAGGUGCUGGUGCAGGAGGAGGCGGCGGACGGGCGCCGGGGACCCGAGGCGGCCCGCAAGCUGCGCGCCCGCUGGGCGGAGGCGGUGGCGCGUGCGGCCCGGGAGCGCCUGGAGGCUGCGGCGCCAGGGGCGCCCGGGGGCCUGGCCGGGCAGCUGGAGGCGCUGCGGGGGCGGCUGCUGGAGGAUAUGGGCGUGGUGCGGGGCCGCCUGGCGCCCUCCUACCCCGCCGGCCUGGGCGCCUUUGGCGUCUACCUGCGCGGCUACCACGGCGCGCUGGCCGAGUGGAUCGGGGCCGCCGCCCGCCGGAGGCUGCCGCUGGCCGACCGCUACGCGCUGCUGCACUGGCAUAACCAGGUGUACCCCAGAGAGGUCCUAGGUCUGGUGGACAUGGUCGCCCUGGAAAAUGGGGAGCUGGAGCCCCUUCUGUCCCCUGGCACCGUUCGUGGCUUGGAGGAUGAAUGUGUCACGGACGUUAAGGCUCAGACACGGGCAGCGCUGCUUCGAGUGCUGCAGGAGGACGCGGGGCACUGGGCAGGUGCGGAGGACCGGUCCAGCAGCCUGGCACAGGAUGUGUGUGAGCUGCUGGAAGAGCACACAGAGCGAGCGCCCCGCAUCAGCCAGGAGUUUGGGGAGCGGAUGGCCCACUGCUGCUUGGGGGGGCUGGCAGAAUUCCUGCAGAGCUUCCAGCAGCGCGUGGAACGAUUCCAUGAGAACCCAGGAGUCCGGGAGCUGCUACCCGACACCUAUAUCAGCAGGACCAUCUCCCUGGUCAAUUGUGGGCCCCCCCUGAGGGCUCUGGCGGAGCGCCUGGCCCGGGUGGGACCCCCUGAGAGUGAGCCGGCCCGGGAAGCUGCAGCCAGCGCUCUGGACCGAGUGACCCGACUCUGCCACCGCAUCCUGACCGACCUGCUGUUCCAGGAGCUGCAGCCGCACUUCAGCAAGCUGAUGCGCAGGAAGUGGCUGAGCAGCUCGGAGGCCCUGGAUGGCAUCGUGGGCACGCUGGGCGCUAAGGCCCUGGCACUGCGCAGGAUGCAAGAUGAGCCUUACCAGGAGCUGGUGGCCGAGCUGCACCGGCGGGCGCUGGUCGAGUACGUGCGGCCCCUGUUCCGCGGUCGCCUGCGCUGCGGCUCCGCGCGGACCCGCAGCCGCGUGGCCGGCAGGCUCCGGGAGGACGCGGCGCAGCUGCAGAGGCUGUUCCGACGGCUGGAAUCCCAGGCCUCGUGGCUGGACGCCGUGGUGCCCCGUUUGGCCGAAGUUCUGCAUCUGGAAGACACGCCCAGCAUCCAGAUGGAGGUGGGGAUGCUGGUGCGGGACUACCCAGACAUCAGGCGGAAGCACGUGGCAGCCCUCCUGGACAUCCGUGGCCUGCACCACACAGUCGCCCGCCACGAGAUCCUGGCGGUGGCCCGGGACUUGGAACUCUCUGAGGGGGGAACCUUGUCGCCCCCCCGGGACCGUGCCUUCUUUGCAGACAUCCCCGUGCCCCGGCCGCCUUUCUGCCUCAGCCUCCCUCUCUUCCUGGGCCGCCUCUCCCUCUCCCGGCUGGCCUGCCUGCCCUGGCCUCAGCCUCCAUCUCCAUCACGGCCCCGGGCCCAACACUGAGACUCUCCCGGCUCCACCUCAGUGCCCCCCCAUCUCUGCUGCUGACAGACCGUCCCCCUGACUCCCUGUCUGGGGCCACAGACCCCUGGGCUGGAAAGAUCACUAGAGGUCUCCUCACCUACCCGCAAACUCCCUGUACAGAAGAGAAAGUGGCCCGAAGGAGCAAGGACUUUCCCGAGGCCAUGAAGCCCGUUCCCAGCACCACCUCCCCAGCCCCGUGAGUGGUGGGUGGUGUUUUGGAAGGCUCUACAGAAAUAUCC